AUGCCACCAAAGAAGAUCCCAACACCUCCUACUCGAGUUUCAUCUCGUAAAACCUCUCCUCCAAAGAACAUCCAAGUCGAGGCAAAUACUUCAAAAGUGAUGAAGAAAGCUCUCGCACCCAAAAAGGCUGGUGUCGCAAAAAAUGUCGCGCCUCAAAAGAAAGUCUCUCCAGCUGUCGCAAAGAAGACAGCCAAGGCACAAGCAGCUUCAGCUAAGAAGACUACCACUACUACUAAAUCUGUUGCCGUUAAGAAGACAACUAUCACCAAAGCUGCCAUGGCAAAGAAAGUCGCUGCCGCUAAAGCCGCUCCAUCUAAGCCUGCUGCCCCAAAAUCAAACAAGCGCAAAUCCACCGAAGAUGUCGAUGAGCCUGUCGCAAAACCAUCGAAGAAGGCAAAAGUUACCAAAUCUACUCCUGCCACCAAAAAGCCUGCCACCAAAGCAGCUGCGAAGCCUCUCCCCAUAGUCAAAAAGCCAAAGGCCGCUCCAAAGCCCAAGGCUCCAAAGGUCGUGAAGCCAAAGAUUGUCAAACCAAAGGUUGUGAAGCCAAAGACAAUUAUCAACUUCGCUCCUACUCAACUCUUGGACAUUUUUGUCUUCGGUUGCAAUGAAGCUGGAGAGCUUGGUCUUGGUCUUCAAACUAAGAAAGAUACAAUCAAUCGACCAGUCAAGAACCCCGCUCUCACUGCUCGUGGUGUUGUUCAAAUGGUUGCUGGUGGUAUGCACGGAGCUGCUCUUACCAAAGACAACAAGAUCCUUACAUGGGGUGUCGCCGAUGGAUUGGCAUUAGGCAGAAAGACCGAUGACUGGGUUGCACCUGAGAGAGAUGCCGAUGCAGAGUCAGAUGAUGAAUCAGCCGCCGCAGAUGCUCGCAACCCAUUGGAAUCAACACCGGGCGAGGUUGAUUUGACCAAUGUACCAGAAGACACUAUCUUCACCCAGAUCACUGCAGGUGACAACGCUACUUACGCCCUCACCAAUGAUGGCUUGGUUUAUGGAUGGGGAUCAAUCAGAGGCGCUGAUGGUCCAAUGGGCUUCACCAAAGAUGUCAAGGAGACCUUGGUUCCAAUGCUCAUCCCUGGUUUGAAGAACAUUGUCAAGCUCGCUGCCGGUAACAACCAUUACCUUGCUCUCAACAACAAGGGUGCUGUUUUUGCAUGGGGUGCCGGUGAGCAUAAUCAACUUGGUCGAAGAAUCGUUGAACGUUCAAGAUUGAAUGCUCUUGUUCCUCGUGAAUUUGGUCUACCAAAGGCCAUGGUCGAUAUUUUCUGCGGAUCAGAACAUAGUUUCGCCAUUCACAAGAAUGGUACCGUUUACUCUUGGGGAGCAAACAACAUGGGUCAAUGUGGUCAAUUCAGCAAAGAUGGUACCUUGACUGAAGAAGUUACUUCAACUGCCACCAAAGUCGAUAUUCUCAAAGACAAGAAUAUCAAGAUGAUGGCCGCAGGCAACGCUUCCAGUUUGGCACUCACCCAUGAGGGCGAGGUGCUUUACUUUGGCAAAGCUCAGGAUGGUCUUUCUGGCCAUGAUGUCGAGGCACUUCCAGAAGAUGUCAUCAUCAGAAACGAACGUAACCAACGAUCAAUCAUCAAGACACCUCUCUCCUUCCCAUUCAAGGGAUCAUACAUUGCCAUGGGCAGUGACCACAGCAUCGUUCUUGGCCCUGAUGGUCACAGUCCUCACUACUCUUGGGGAUUCAACACAUACAGACAGACUGGUCUUGAAGAUGAUCAAGAUGUUUACAUUGCUGAUGAGCUCAACUGCAAGCACAUUGAAGGAAAGAAGCUUGUCUGGGCAGCAGGAGGUGGUCAAUUCUCCUUCUUGGCUGGUAUUCCAGAAAACUAA